UCAGGAGUAUGGCCAGCAGCCAAAAACUCAGGAAGGGGAGCUGAAGAUCAGUGCUGUGUUUUCAGUCAGUGGCAGUCCCCUUGCUCCACAGUUGACAUCAGGUUUCCAGCCGGCUGUGGCAUCCUCUGGCAUGAGUAAAAUGCUGCCUUCAGUUCCAACCACAGCCAUUCGGGUUUCCUGUUCUGGCUGUAAAAAAAUCCUCCAGAAGGGACAAACGGCGUACCAGAGGAAAGGCUCUACUCAGCUCUUCUGCUCCACACUGUGCCUCACUGGAUACACUGUUCCAGCUUCUCGUCCACCAGCUUCUACAAAGAAGACCUGCUCAAGCUGCUCAAAAGAGAUCCUAAAUCCAAAGGAUGUGAUCACUGCACAGUUUGACAAUACAAACUCCAGCAAGGAUUUCUGCAGCCAGUCAUGUCUUUCUACAUAUGAAUUGAAAAGGAAACCUGUUGUUACUAUUCAUACUAACAGCAUUUCAACCAAGUGCAGCAUGUGCCAGAAGAAUGCAGUGAUUAGACAUGAAGUGAAUUAUCAGAAUGUUGUACACAAACUCUGCAGUGAUGCCUGUUUCUCCAAGUUCCGUUCUGCUAAUAACUUGACUAUGAACUGCUGUGAGAACUGUGGGGGCUACUGUUACAGUGGCUCUGGCCAAUGCCACGUUCUUCAAAUAGAAGGACAGUCAAAGAAGUUCUGCAGUUCAACAUGUGUUACUGGGUACAAACAGAAAUCAGCAAAAAUUACACCCUGUGCACUGUGCAAGUCUUUGAGAUCUUCGGCUGAGAUGAUAGAGAGCACAAAUAAUUUAGGAAAGACUGAACUCUUUUGCUCUGUUAACUGUUUGUCAGCCUACAGAGUUAAAAUGGUUACAUCUGCAGGUGUCCAAGUUCAGUGUAACAGCUGUAAAACUUCAGCAAUCCCUCAGUAUCACCUGGCUAUGUCAGAUGGUAGUAUACGCAAUUUCUGCAGUUACAGCUGCGUUGUAGCUUUUCAGAACUUGUUCAACAAGCCUGCAGGAAUGAACUCCUCCGUGGUGCCCCUGUCGCAGGGUCAAGUCAUUGUAAGCAUUCCCUCUGGGGCAACGGUCUCAGCAUCAGGUGGCACUACCUCAACUGUCUCCCCCAGCUCCAUGAGCAGCUCAGCUGCAGCUGGUCUCCAGAGGCUCGCUGCUCAGUCCCAGCAAGUCACUUUCGCCCGCACUGUUGUGAAACUCAAGUGUCAGCACUGUAACCGACUGUUUGCAACUAAACCUGAGCUGCUUGACUACAAGGGUAAAAUGUUUCAGUUUUGUGGGAAGACCUGCUGUGAUGAAUACAAGAAGAGAAGUAGUGUAAUGGCAAUGUGUGCAUACUGCAAAAUUGAGAAGAUUAUCAAGGAGAUUGUGCGAUUCUCAGGAAUAGACAAGCCAUUCUGUAGUGAAGGUUGUAAACUGCUCUAUAAACACGACUUGGCUAAACGCUGGGGAAACCACUGUAAGAUGUGCAGUUACUGUUUACAGGCUUCCCCCAAACUGGUCCAGAAUCACUUUGGGGGAAAGAUGGAGGAGUUCUGCUCAGAAGAAUGCAUGUCUAAAUUUACAGUUUUGUUUUAUCAGAUGGCAAAGUGUGAUGGUUGUAAAAGACAAGGUAAACUCAGUGAGUCUAUGAAAUGGCAAGGGGAGAUCAAACAUUUUUGCAACCUGCUUUGUAUUUUGAUGUUCUGUAAUCAGCAAACUGUGUCUGAACCCCCACCUCAGAACAACACAGCAAACCUUUCCAUGACUCCAACUUCUUCAUCAGGCCCUCCUUCUCUAAGGAAGGAUUCAACUCCAGUUAUAGCAAAUGUGGUAUCCCUAGCAAGUGCCCCUGCUGCCCAGCCCACGGUUAACUCCAACAACGUCUUACAAGGUGCAGUUCCUACUGUGACAGCAAAGAUCAUUGGAGAUGCUAGUACUCAGACAGAUGCCCUGAAACUACCACCAUCACAACCUCCAAGGCUUUUAAAAAACAAAGCAUUAUUGUGCAAGCCGAUCACCCAGACCAAGGCCACAUCUUGCAAACCCCAUACCCAGAAUAAGGAAUGCCAGACAGAGGAAGAUGAAGUUCGACCCCAAAUCCUUGUGGUGCCUGUUCCUGUACCAGUGUUUGUGCCAGUGCCCCUUCACCUCUUCACCCAGUAUACGCCAGUUCCACUUGGGGUCCCAGUACCUGUUCCAGUUCCCAUGCUUAUCCCAACUACUCUGGACAAUGCCGAUAAGAUCAUAGAGACUAUUCAGGACAUCAAGGAGAAGAUUCCCACAAAUCCAUUUGAGGCUGAUCUCCUUCAAAUGGCAGAAAUGAUUGCAGAAGAUGAAGAGAAGGAAAAAACGCACUCUCAUGGAGGAUCCCAAACAUCUGAGCAUGAGCUGUUCCUGGACCCUAAGAUAUUUGAGAAAGAUCAAGGCAGCACUUACAGUGGAGAUCUAGAAUCAGAAGCAGUGUCAACUCCACACAGCUGGGAGGAUGAGCUAAAUCACUAUGCCUUACGAUCAAAUGCCGUGCAGGAUCCAGACCCCGAGCUGAGGCAGUUCUCCAAAGGGGAUGUGGAGCAGGACCUGGAGGCAGACUUUCCCUCAGACUCAUUUGACCCGCUCAAUAAAGGACUGGGUCUCCACUCACGUUCGCGAGCAAGGCGGAGGCAUAGAGAUGGCUUCCCACAGCCGAAAAGACGGGGGAGGAAGAAGUCCAUAGUUUCUGUGGAGCCUCGGAAUCUUAUGCAGGGUUCCUAUCCAGGCUGCUCUGUUUCCGGGAUGACUCUGAAGUACAUGUAUGGGGUAAAUGCCUGGAGGAAUUGGGUCCAGUGGAAGAAUGCACAGGAAGACCAAGGGGAACUAAAAUUUGGAGUUCGGCCUGUGAAACUCAAGGAGGAUAUUCUCUCAUGCACUUUUGCUGAGCUGAGUUUUGGCUUGUGCCAGUUUAUCCAAGAAGUGCGGAGACCAAACGGUGAAAAAUAUGAUCCUGACAGCAUCUUAUACUUGUGCCUUGGAAUUCAGCAGUACCUGUUUGAGAAUGGUAGAAUAGAUAACAUAUUUACCGAGCCCUAUUCCAGGUUUAUGAUUGAACUUACCAAACUAUUGAAAAUCUGGGAACCUACAAUACUUCCAAAUGGGUACAUGUUCUCGAGAAUUGAAGAAGAACAUUUAUGGGAAUGUAAACAACUGGGUGCAUAUUCCCCUAUAGUCUUAUUGAACACACUUCUGUUCUUCAAUACCAAAUACUUCCAACUAAAGAAUGUCAGUGAGCAUCUGAAGCUGUCCUUUGCCCACGUUAUGAGACGCACUCGGACUCUGAAAUACAACACCAAGAUGACAUACCUGCGUUUUUUCCCACCUUUUCAAAAAGGAGAGGUAGAAUCAGAUAAGUUAUCUGUAGGAAAAAGAAAACGGAGCGAGGACGAGGAGGUUCCAACAGCAGUGGAAAUGGCUGAAAACACAGAUAACCCUCUGAGAUGUCCAGUCCGACUCUAUGAGUUUUACUUGUCAAAAUGUUCUGAAAGCGUGAAGCAGAGAAGUGAUGUGUUUUACCUUCAACCUGAGCGUUCUUGUGUACCUAAUAGCCCUAUGUGGUACUCCACGUUGCCAAUAGACCCCGGGACCUUGGACAUCAUGUUAACACGUAUUCUUAUGGUGAGGGAGGUACAUGAAGAACUUGCCAAAGUCAGAUCAGAGGACUCUGAUAUUGAAUUGUCAGACUAACUGAAGUGGGGUAUUUUUUCCUUUCAAUACACAUUGCAAGUACCAAACUGUGAACACAUCCAGCCUUCAGAAAAUGUUGUAUAUCAAAUAAGCCAAGUUAACGUCACUACACAGGCAUAUUUUGAACCACAAUGGAUGUGCAAACUGGAAUCAGAAGGAAGCAAACUACUUUAAGCUGCAAGAAACGCCAGUGUCCAAUGCAGUGAUAAAUCCUCUAAAACUCAAGAUGAAUUAACCUGUUCAAGCGGUGCAUAAAUCCUUCAUUUAUUUGGGAUUAAAACAAAAUUGUGAAAUAUUUUUAAGCAAAACUGUUGUAUAAAUUCUACCAUAGUAACCAUGGGCAUAGAGAACUGGACUGUGGCUCACGUGACUUUGCAGCCCGAAUGCUGGCGGCCAUUGCUGCCAAAGAGCCUGUGGAGGUCCUAGAGAUCUCCAUGUGGACGGAGACACAGUGCAGUGAGGUCUAGACAAAUAGACACCUUCCGUUAUGUAUACACACACUUUUUUAGUUUUAUUUUAUUUUUUACUGGGAUCAAGAUUAAGAAAGAUAUUAAGCCAGAAGUCAGUUUUAUCUGCCAGGUUACUACCCUAGUGGAUGACUACCUGGACUGCGUUCAAACAGUCACAUGACCCCAGAGUCUAGCUCUUAGUCCAUGCUAAUAACGAGGACUCUGUUGGAUCUCUGAUGUGGGGGAGAUGCUGUAAGUCAAGCAUCAGAGCAAUCACGUUAUGGGACAGAAAUCUCUGGAAUACAUAUAGGAGAGCAAGGGUCUAGGGCUGUGUGCAGAAAACCCCCUGAAUAGCCUCUGCAGUCUGUUGAUGUAAUCUAGCAAAUGCUGUGGUGCGCAAAAAUAGUCAUUUUGGAGAGUUGGUUUGGUUUGGGCAUAAGGCAGCUUUCCUUCCCUUUUCCCCCCAUUCCCACCUAAUUCUUUGUUUUUAUACAGUGCAAGUCUGGAGGGCCUUGUCAUUUCAAAGUGAAGAUACUCUUUCCACCCUUUCAACGUGUGCAGUAUUACUUCUGACAACAGAACUGUGGUAGAAAAGUACCUUGUGUGGUUUUUUACCCUACCCCAUCCAAAGAAAUUUAGUGAUAGUGUUGAAAAUUGAAAUUUUUUUUCAAUGGCUUGGCUGUUACUGUAUCUUUUAAAAGGGGAAUCUCCCAUACUCUAUCCAGAGGACAGGACACUGUUUAGAUAACAUCUGUGUCUCCAUUUUCUCAAGCUUACGAUGCUCGUUUCUAAGGACGACAGGCCAUAAAUACAUUGGAAAUACAAGACUAUUUUUAAAGAGAAUUGUACUUUUUUUUAAUCAGUAGUUGCAGCCAGUUGCCCAACUUCUGUAGCAGGGGUUUUGAUAUCUGAUCCUCUGACUGCAGUUUCAGGAGUUGAAAAUCAACAGCCUUGAAUUAAAUUUUUUUUUUUAAUUUUCUUUAUUUUUAGCAGUAACAAAGGUAAUUUAAACAAUAAAAUUGGAAAGUAGUCUAUUGACGUUGUGUACUCGGUAGUCCUGUCCCUGCCUGUAACAGAUUUCACGGAUGUAUUUUUUAAUACAGAAAACUGUGUGAAAAGUAAACCUGCCCCUGAUUCUGUAUGAUCCAAGUCCAUCUGUGUCUGUCAUUUCUGAUCGGAGACUAUUUAUUUCACAUCUUGUCCUAAAGCUGUGUUGGGAAAAUACCCUGGCCAUUAUUACCCUGCCAACAAACUACCCAGAGACUUGGAGGCUUAAUGAUCUCAAUUACAUUAAUUUUACAGUGUAUAAAUACUAACCUUCUCCCUAUAGUAAUAUUAAAGGUAGUUAGAUAGCAAACACACAGUUUCUGUUUGGACAGCUGAUGUGUUUCAGGAAGAAAAUAUCCUUAUGCCUUUAACUGACAACAGCAGAUACCGUAUAGUUGGGAAAAAAAAACCCCACAACUCUAUUGCCCCUAAAAAAACAAAACAAGUAGUGUCUCAGUUGCAUGCAGGUCUACCAGAACCUCACAUCACAGGAAAUAUCCAUGAAUUAUUGUAGUUCUUGGACAUUCCUCAGGAGUGCAGCUAUCAUGUCUUUGUCAGGUUGUUGGUUUUUUCCCUUUCUAUUAGAUAGUUGUGUGAAAUGUUUUCAAUUAAUAAGGGAAUCAGUCAAGACAUCCUGUUAGGUUUGUUCUUAAACAAAAAUUUCUGGUUUUCCCUGGAUAGAAGUUACAGAAAUAUUCCCGUAGAAUAAAAUAGUAUAUUUGUAUAUG